CAAGGAUGGCAGCAGCGGGCAGCAGUGUAUCUCAGCUGCAGCAGUACACCAAGAUCAUCUCGGUGUUGGACAACUCUUGGGACAACCUCAUCCCCACCCGCAACUCUCAGCAAGAUCAAUGGACACCUGAGUGGCUAAGGCAGCAGAUUCUGCAGGAGGACUUCCGCAGACGCCAUGUUGUGAUGCACCCUCUCACGCACUGGGUGAUUGAUUCGGGUUGCACCAGUCACAUGACGCCACGGGCAGAUUUGCUUGAUGAGGUAAAACCCCCUGGGAAGAUCAAGUAUGUGGCAGCAGCGUCAGGUGCUUUGCUCCCUGUGAUUGGUGUUGGAAAUGCCAAGGUUAAGGGAGCUAAUGGGGGGCUUGUGGGGCUUGGGAAUGUUCUGCUAGUUGAAGGUUUGUCUGCUAACCUUCUCUCUGUGCGACGACUGCAGAAGAGCAAGGCCGAAGUGACCUGCAUCAAGGACCUGUGGCAGCUGCCCAUCAUCCCUUGGAAUGGGAAGACUCCAACAGCAGCAACGGCAGCAGCGACAAAGGCAACAGCAGGAGGAGAUGCAACUGCACCAACUGAUGGGGUCCUGGAAGUAGUCAAGAAAGUGCAGCAGCAGCAGACACAUGGCGAGGUGCUUGCUGGUGUGGAUGCAAGUGCGGCAUGGGCUAAGGCUUCAUCAAGGAGUGGUGAGGCCGAUUGGGAGACAUGGCAUGAGAGGCUGUGUCAUGUGAACUUCCCUAUGCUGCAGAAGUUGUGUGGGUUUACCCUUUGAAGAGCAAGGGGGAGGUGGCAGCGGUUGUCCUUAAGGAGUGGAUGCCUAGAGCUCAGAAGGAAUGCGGACACAAGGUGAAGGUGAUCCGCAGUGACAAUGGUGGGGAGUUCAUUGGAGCCGAUUUUGAGGGGGAGUUGAAGAGGAAGGGGAUCCGGCAUCAACUGACAGUGCCCUACAACCCACAGCAGAAUGGCGUGGCUGAGAGGUUCAACAGGACCCUGCAGGAGGGGGCACGCACUCUCCUUGGGCGUGCAGGGCUGCCUGAUCCGUUUUGGGUGUCUGCACGGAGGCAGGUCGCCCUUGUGAAGAAUAG